AUGAACUAAUAAUUUAUAAAUAGAUAGUACCAGCUAAGAACCAUUCCCAAUAAUCAAUAGCAAGGUUAUAACUUAGCCAUUAACUCUAUUCCUAGCUAUACACCAUUACUACAUGGAAGCUCUAAGUUAAACAAUAUACCACCAUUUUAGCAAGUUUAAAAUUAAUAAAAAUUAAAUUAACCGCAACUAAUGAUGAGUCCUGGACCUAAUUAAAAGCAUUUCCUGUAAAAUGUACCUUUGGUACAAAGUUUACCAUAGAAUUAUACAACCUCAUUUAACUUUAGUCCUUAGUAAACACAAAAGGUAACUACUUAGAAAACACUUUCACCGAACUAAGUAAUGAGCAAUACAUCAUCUGCAAAUUUUUAUUCUAGCAACAAAGAAUAGUAAUAAAAUGCAUUAAAUAAUUUAACUUAGCAACAUAUUUAAUCAAUAAAUAAUGCCUAUUCGAGCAGUAAGCAGUUAUUUCUUUCUCCUAGCAACACACACUCAAACUCUUCCUAAAAGGACUAAGAAAAAUCUCAAGAAAACAACUAAAACCAAAAAAAUUCUGAGUAAAAUAGGCCUAACUCUUAAGGUUCAAAUAAUAAUGAAAUAUUAAAUACUCAGCCUUCAACCAAAACUAACUCUGUAAAUUAAAGCUAAUUCUAAAAAUAGUAACAAUUUCCAUAAGUUCAAAAAACUCCAGAUAGAGCAACAUAAAAAUCACCAAAUUUUAGUUACUUAAGCCCCUCAUUAUUUUAUUUGUCUGAAAAAAAAGUUGAAUAAGCAGUAAAUUCAGCAGGGAAUUUAAAAUAAACUCAGAAUUAGUAAAAACCUAGUGGAUUUAAUAGCCCAACAUAAAAAUUUAAUACAGAAAAUAUAGAGAUUCAAUAGUCUUAGCAUUAAAAUGUAAAUAGUACAAAAAAAGAAGAUAAAUAUUACUUAAAUACACUGUAAUCAAUAGUAUAAAAACCAUAAAAUUAAAUUUAGACGUAAAAAGAUUAAAGCUAAUUAAUUUUAUAGACAAAGACUACUUUAAAUGACUCUAAAGACGAUUAAACGAUAAAUGAAGAAGGUGAAGUUCUCUAAAUAUCUUAAGCUCCUAAACUAGCUUAAAACGAUAUCUCCAAGCAAGGAUAGUCAAAUUUAAAAAUUUAUAAGAACAAUUUAAUAGAACAAAAAAAGCUAAAAAUUCCUUUAGAAUUAACUUACGAUGGUAACUAAAUAAUAGAAGGUAAUUAGAUUUAAUGUUAGGCUAAAAGCAAUUAUGCAAGUAUUUAAACUAACACACUUACAGAAACCAAUGACAGAUAUCCUGAUAGCCUAUAUUAUACCAGAUCUACUCAAAAUUAAAUAAAUUAAUCUAGAUAAAAAAUAUUAAGUAUAAGGGAAGAGGAGUCAGAUUUGAUUAACAAUCUGAGAGAGCAAAUAAAGUAGCUAACACAUGAAAACACUAAUUUAAAGAAAGAAUUAUUUGAUUAAAGAUAAGAAUAUAAAAUAUUAUAAAGCAGUCAUUAUGAAUUAGAAAGGAAGUACAUUUACCUGCAGAAUUAAAUUGUACUACCUACUAGCAGUUGCAAUAGUUCUUUGAUAAUAUUCUAAGAAGAUAAAAAUUAAUAAAUUUUGUACGACAUUGCUAAUAAUUGCAGCUCUUUGACAAAAAUAUAAAGCAAGAAUUCAUUCACGUAUCCUUAUAACUAAAAUAGUAACAGCUAACUGAAUAAAAUGAGCUUUAAGAGAGAAGCUUCACCAACAAAUCCUGAAUAUAUCCACUAAUCCUAAAAUCAAUAAACCAUCAAUAAAUAAUUCUUCUCUCCUUAAGCAAAUACAAACAAUAAUAAUCUAGAACAUAAUAGUUAGUUAUAUAAUUCCAUUAAUAUAGAUAGCUAAUUAUUUUCAUCUAAUUUGCCAAGCUAUAUUUAAAAAAAUAACUAAAAUUUCCAAUAAAAUCGUGAAGAAGAUUACAAUUACAAGAAAGUUAACAACAGCAAAUUAGAUGGAGGUUCCUCUAAAGUAGCUAAUUUCGUGUAAAACAAAUCAAAAACCUAAGAAGAAUAAUAAAAUAAUUAGUUUAUCAAUAGUAAAAUUAAUCUAAACAAGGUAUAUCAAUAGGAUAUGACUAAUUCACAUACUUAAUAUUAAAUUAAUUAAAUAUUUAAUAUAUAAAGUGAAAGAUCAUAUUUAAAUGAACAAUAUACUUAAUAAAAAUCGCCUUCUUCAAACCAAGCAAAUAAAUAACCAGAAUAUAUUUCAAAAACCCCAACUACUACUAAUAACAAUAAUAAUAAUAAUAAUAAUAAGAUUUCAAACAACUAUUCUUAACUAGACAUUCAAGAAGCUAUAAAAAAAGCUGAUGAAAUACUAAGAAAAAGCCAUUACGUUCCAAAUUAAACAAAUUAAAAUGAUUUUGUGAUAAAACGUGCAACUACAUAGUACAUUUAAUAACCACAUAAGUGA